GUCGCCGCGUUGUGGUUGUGUAUGUGAUUCUCCGUGCUCGAUGCGAUCGCGUUUGUAUCGAGCGCAAUGUUUUUUUGUUUAUAAACAAAUACUUUCAAUAUAACAAUGUGUUUGGUGAAAUAAGAAAGUUUGUUGUCGUGUAUUUUGUUAUAUUGUUAUACAAUUAAGCAGUUUUAUUUGCAUAAUGACUAGUUAACGCAUGUUAUACGAGAGGCUCGAAGAUGGACGGGGCGAACGCUGACUCAGAUCAUUCUAUGACUUGGGAGGAUUUUUUCGGUAGUACAACAGAUCUCACGCCGACGUUAAUCGGCAUAUACGAUUCGCUAUUGGAACCUGACAAAAGUCUGAGACCUGAAGCCAGUCCGUUGGAAAAAGCCAAAGAUGCAAGAAACGACCCACCUGUGCCAAACCAAACACACAUCAUGACCGAUAAAACAAAGGAGGAAGUCAACAAUACAAAUGUAUCAAGAUCCCCACCGAAAGAUCCUUCCAAAAUAAUUGGCAGUGUUAAAUUGCCUAUCGCGACGCUGAACAAAAGUUCUUUAUAUAGUAUUCGAACUAUCAGUGAUAAUAAUGGUGCUAGUGAAAGUAAUAAACGUGACCUCCCAUCCAGUGAUAAUGUACUUGUUAAAGAUCACAAACUACAAAGGACUUUUAAAGAAACCAAACAAAUAUCUGAAACGACGACGUUCGAUAAUCUAUCUCCAAACGUUAAACGAAUGAUAUCGAGCGCUUCUGAAACUACAACGUUAAAGUUCCAAAAGAAAAGUGUCAGUACACUAAGAUCUUCUACGAGGCAUAGAUGCAAUAUCCCUUUAGUAGGAGCUACCUCAAAGAUAUCACAAUCUGUAGAAAUUUACGAUCAACCGUCAGGCCUUAAAAGUAUACCCAAAUCGGUAUCUGAAGAUAACUACGAAUUACCAUCAAAAAUAAUCGCAGUAAAACCUGACUUUAGAAUAGAAACAGAUCAAACGUAUGAUAUACCAACGAAUAAUAUGCCAGCGAUUUACGAUGUUCCCAACUCGAAUAAGACUGCAUUCGAAUCGUUAUCUCUACCUUACAUCGACCAAUCAAUCGAACUCUCUAUAACGGGCAACGAUAGAGAAUUUGAUAUAAAAUUGUCAUCGAAAGAAUGUUCUCCACAAAAGCCGGAGCCUAAAGGUUCACCUGAAGGAUCACCUGCCAAGUCACCUAAACUCCUCAACGUUGGGACUAACAGCUUGCACAGAAGAAACUUAAUACCGUCAAAAGAGACUGUUCAAAAUCAAUUAAUGAAAACUGGACCAUAUCCAGAGACAAUAGCAUCUACGGGCAAUUUAAAAUCAUGUGCAGUCCCGGAAAAAGAAGUACCAAGAUUGAAUCCCCCAAUAGUAGAAGUGACAAGACCAUUAUCUAUGAGUUCCAUUGCCUCUUCUAGUUCAACAUCAAGUAGUGGCGUUCAAAAUAAAGGAGGAGUGAACUCCGCAUACUUGGCUUCGAUCGAGAGUCUAGACGAUCAUAGUGACGUCGACAUGACGUCUGCUAAUGGCAGCACUAACUUUGUUAAUAAUGCGGGCAUUUUAAACCCGAGCGUGUCUGAAGGGUGUUCUGAGAAUUUGCCACAUCAGCAGACAUUGGACGAGAUGUCAGGGUUGUCACAACUGGAGAGAGUGUGUGCAGAGAUCGUCCAGACUGAGAAGGUCUACGUCGAAGAUCUGAGGCAAGUCGUAGAGGGCUAUCUACACGUGUGGAGGCGGGACGCGACAUUCUCAGAUGAAGAAUUGUCGGAACUGUUCAAUAAUAUUGAAGAUAUAUACACUUUUAACAGGUCCCUGUGUGAAGAGUUAAACACCUGUAGAUUGGACGCGACCUGCAUUGCUCGUUGCUUCGUCAACAAUACUGCCGGAUUCGCUGUCUAUACAUCGUAUUGUACUGGAUAUCCACGCACUAUGGAAAGACUAGCUGCACUCGCUUCUAAGCCUCAGAGCGCAAGGGAAUUUAGAGAGAGACAGAUGGAGUUACAGCAUCCACUCCCAUUGGCUUCUUAUUUAUUAAAACCGGUUCAAAGGAUCUUGAAGUACCAUCUGUUGUUGCAAAACGUGGUGAAGCAAUGUGCAUCACGAGAGACGGAGUACGCGCUGCUCAAGAUGACUGGAAUCGCGCACCACAUCGACGACAUGAAACGACGACACGAACACGCAGUUCGAGUGCAGGAGAUCCAGUCCCUGCUGUACGGCUGGAAUGGUCCGGACCUCACGACUUACGGAGAGCUGUGUGCCGAAGGGACCUUCAGAGUGUUCGGCGCGAAGGCGAUGCGGCACGCCUUCCUCUUCGAUAAAAUGCUACUCGUCACCAAGAACAGGGAGGACGGCAUACUUGCUUAUAAGUCGCACAUCAUGUGCAACAAUAUGAUGCUGGUGGAAUCAAUAGCGGGUGCGCCGCUCUCCUUCCACGUGAUCCCGUGGGACGCGCCGCGCGCUCAGCUCACGCUGCAGGCGCGCUCGCCGCGACACAAGCGGGAGUGGACCUUAUUGUUAAAGCGGGUGAUAUUGGAAAAUUACAACGCCGUCAUACCUUCGCACGCGAGACAGCUGGUGAUGGAACUGGGACAGAACAAAACUGAUGACGACAUGUUAGCGGAGAAAUCGCACAAUCUCAUAACUCAAGCAUCAAUGAGAAAACAACUCUCAGCACCAGAGUAUCUAGAGAAGAGAAAACUAGAAAGAGAAAGAAGGAAAUCAUUCGAAAACGGUAUACGAGGUAGACUUAAAAAGGGUAAUAGAAAAUAUACAUUACCUAACUCAAGAACUGAAACUAUCGAGUGUGAUUGUCUUCAAUAUUCAGCGGAGAAAGGGACAGACUAUACUUGCGAUAACUGCUAUAUAGAUAUAUGCUCCGAUUGUGAAACAGAAAUAUCCAACAAGGAUAAAGUUAGAGAGAGACAGUGCGAUUGUACUGAGACGAACAAGACUGGAGAAAAAUGCCCAGAAUGUGAUAGAUCUCUACAUUAUAUAGAUUCGGGCAGCGCUGAACAUUUAGAAAGGAAACAAGCAAGUUGCAAAUGUCCCGAUUUCAAAUCAUCACAAGAAAGCUUUAGCAAAGAAUAUCCAGGUUCUUUAAACAAAACUAGAGGCUACCAUUCGUCUGAUAAUAUCAUAGGAUAUACUGACUCAAGAACGAGUAAAGACGAUCUAAGUGAUACGAAUAAUUCAUUAUCCAGCGUAAAAAAUAUACCGAAAACUUGCCUCAAAUGUACUAAAAUCAAAGAAAACAUUCCCGUAACAGACUCCUUACAGACUUUACAUACCAGAAGGUCUAGAUGUAUUGAUAUCGAUAGACCUAAAACUGAUAAUCUCAGAUCGAAAUCUAAAGAUGAUCCACAAAGAUCUAAAUUAUCUAAAAUAGGCACUUGGAGAAGAAAAUCAGAACCAGGCCUACAACAAAAUAAUAUUGGAUUCAUUAUAAAGAAAUCCCAAGAUAGUGAUAUCGAUAAAAAUGAUAGCAGAGGUAAUGAAAAAAUUGAAUUCGAAUGUAGAAGUUGUGGCUCUAAUAAGAUAUCUAGAAAAACUAAAAAUAGUGAUGGUUCUGUCGUAUCCGAUAUUGAAGGUGAAUCGAAAAAGAAAGGAAUAACUGGAAUAAAAUCGAAUUUGGAAAUAAAAAUGUACAACACUAAAAACAUACCAAAGAAGAUAUCGAAAAUAAAGAAAAAUAGAGCAAAAGGUUUUCGUGUUACUUCUGAUACUUCAAGAUUCUAUACAGACUUCUCAACUGAUGUUUCUACAGAAAAUAUUCUACAUAUAUCAGAAUCUAACGAUAGUCUGAAUAUAGAUAAACAAUCCGAUAGUAAAGACAAAUUACAAGUACCAGAGACAAUAAGUAAAGACGAAGAUAUAGAUGAAGAGACAUACAAAAGACUAAUAGAAAAAACGGAUUCGUUCAAAAAGAAUGAAUUAGAGAAAGUUAAAUAUUUACAUAACCAAAAAGUUAUCAACGAAAGUUCAGAACUUGAAGAUAAAGCAUGCAUAGAACAAGAAGAAACAGCAAUCAGUUGCGAUACAGAACAACCUUUGGAACAAAUUAUAUCACAACUUUUAUUAGAAAAUCGUGAAUUCCAAAAACUUUUAAAGAAACAACAGCAAAGAAAUAGUGCCCAAAGGCGACAUCAAAGAUUAUUAAAAUCUCAUUCGAACCCUGAUCAAGUAAUUCUAUCUAGAAGCUUCGAUUCUCCAAGAUCGAUACCGAAGUAUACUCGACAAACAUCAGAGAAUUUAGAAAUAAACACUAAUAAUGAAGAUAUAAUCGAAUCAAAUGAAAUGCAAACGGUAUCAGAUGAUGAUCAUAUUUACGAAACUCUAAGAGUUGAAAAUAGAGCAGAUGAACGUUUGCAUUCUUUAAAUAGUAAAAGUAAAGUAAUACAGCACAGCACACACGUACCUCGACCAAAGAGAUUACCUUCCCCACCUAAUAUAAAUCCAGCAGAAAUACGAAAUAUACAAGAAUCAGACUACGUGUAUUUAUCAUUUAAUAAACAAAAUGAAAUCGACGAUGACGGUAUAUAUGAUGUACCAGUAAAAUCACCACAGAAAGUGAAAUCUACAAAUGAAUCAGAAUAUUACGUUACGAUGGAGAAAAAGGGUCCUCCUAUAACUGAAGAUAUCUACGACAAUCUUAUAGAAGUCUGUAGAAGGAAUAAAGAAGUGCCUAGUAAUUUACCUUGUGAAUAUCUACCAAUGGGUCCGGAACAGCAAAGUCCUAACACUCCAGAAAUCUGGCUAAGUCGACAGAAAGAGCACUUUAACGUUUCCAGAGAUAGGAAAUCUGGUUCACUUCCACGUAGCUUCCAAGUGCCCACAAGCGGUCAGGACGAAAAUAAUCUAAGCUCAUUUAAAUGCAAACCCAAUGGAAGCAGCAAGACUUAUCUAAACAGAGAUGGUAAGGUCAUGAGCACGGACAGACCUUUUACAAUUGCUUCAGACCAAAGUGAACUAAGUUACGACGAUGUAGAAAAUUACAUGAGUGAAAAUGACAUCUUUAAAUUUUGCAAAGUAUCAAAAUCAAGCAAUCCUGAUUACAGUCAAAAUAUCAGUCAGUCUACAUUAGAGCUAGAAGAAGAAAUAGAUAGAUGUUAUAAAAAUUUCGAGAAACUAGACAUGGAUGCGAACAAAAACGACACUUCUACUAACUUGCAAACGAAUUUAAAUACAUCAACAACAUCUUCGUGCGAAGUUCUACCAAUAGAAACGGACGGCAAUAAGACAGAGAACGAAGUAAUACACCCAGAACAUAAAAUUUACAAGCCUACAGCGAAUGUCCUGUCACUUAAAAAUGUACUAAGUCGUUUCAAAGGCAGAAACCCUAACAAAAGUAAUGAAGAAUCCGAGAUAAAUGCAAACGAUUUAAGUAAUUCUGAUAAUAUCAAUAAAAGCCCUACAAAUGAGAAGAGAUCCGCACUUAACCCUAGAAGUUAUUCCAGAAAUCUAUUACAAAGAUUUCGAAGUAUUAUUGGCGAUGAGCCAGACGACAUACAAGCUAAAUAUGAUUUGAAGACAAAACUAUCAGAAGAUCUACAAAAUACUAUGAAAACUGACAUUAAAGUAGUGAUUACGACGGACGCUACUUCUACAACUGCAGAGAGCAUUGCAAAUGAUGUUUUCAGUAAAAGUAUGCAUGAAGGCACCACGAUGACUGAAAGUCAAAGAGAAAAGAAUCAAUUGGAAACACUAUCUCAUAGCUGCGACGAUAUCGUACAGAAAACAGACAAAAGGCCCAAUUACAGCAAAAGUAUUAGCAUGGUAACCAGCACUUCCAGUUCCGUCAGUUCCUCUCCUUUGAAAUCAAACAAUAACUCUCAUCAAAACAUAAACAAAUUACCCAUAUACAUGCAAGGUAGCAAAUAUCUAGGAGCUCGUAUCGCUCAGUCUGAUUACGUAGAUCCAACAACACUCGGCAACGCAAGAAAUACUCUUAAAACUGUCAACGUACUAAUAAAUAAAAACGCGGUCAGACCUGACAGUCUCUUCUCCAACUCUUCUUUUGUAACUUCAUCCAGUGAAAGUACUUACCAGGAGCCACAGAUUAAACAAAAUCAAACCAAAACAACAGACUCAAAACAAAACUCAGAAUCAUCGACACAAAUAAAUUCCGAUGAGAGUUUUUAUGAGAAAUCAUUCGAAAAGAUCGAACACUUCACUGAUGAGGAUGUUUUUAGAGAUUCAGCUGUUUAUUCUGAUCAAGAAGAUAUUGAUACGAGAGAAUGCAGCGACCACAAAACAGUUAACAAAACUAUCAAACGUAUCGAAAGUCUAAAACGCGAAUCAGUAUCUAAGAAAAUUAUCAUAACUAAAACAAGUGAAAAAACAUGCACAAACUCUAAAGUCACAAUAACAACUAACAAAAUCAAAGAAACAACACAAGAUACGAAGAAGAAUGAAAUUAUCAAGUCAAGUAAACCUAAAAUAGCUCCUCCAGUUCCAGUCAAACCUAAAAUCGGGAACAUAACACAAACAGCUGCAGUAAAAAACAAAGAAAUAGUCAAACCAGAGCAACCAUCUGAUUUAACUAACAAAGCAACUAUUAAACGAAAUAUACAAAAAACAUGCCUAUCAAGAUCUGAAUCUAGUCCUACAACAGAAAACGCAAGAAGAAUUAAAGAGAAACCUAAUAUCGAAGAAACGAAAGAUGGUGUCAAUUCUAAAGAAGAUUUAAAAAACAUAAGCAAUAAAAUCAAUCAACAGGGUAAUAUACAAUUAAAACGAUUAAGUUUCGAACGAGCAAGUCUAGAUUCUGCGACACGAAAGAUAAAAUUGCAAACAGAGAAUCGAUCAGAAACGCCUAAGAUCGCUUCAAAAACGGUUUUAGAAAGAAGAAUGGAGUUGGAAAUGAUGACGAAAUCCCAAACGAAAUCAAACCCGGGUAUAAAAAAGACAUAUAAUAAACCGAAAUCGAUUACGACUAAAGUAGCGUCAUUUGAAAGAAGUGUAAGCGAGAAUUAUAAAGAAUUGAAAAUAACACCAAGUAGCAGUUCAGAGAAAGCCAACGUUCCGGUUAAUAAAAGUAGUGUAGAACAAACUGAUAUAUCUGAGGAUCUAAAAGGCAGUUGGGUUAAACAAGUCGUUAACAAAUUCCAAUAAUUUAAAGUGAUAACUGAAUGCAUUUAAAAUUAUUCCGUAUUUUAACAGACAUUUUCUAUAACAAUAUGGACGCAAUAGUAGUUAAUUUUUUAGUUUAUAAAAACUAAACUAAUUUAACGUGUAAAGCGUAAACUAAGCAAUAACUUACUAAGUGCCCCAUCACUGAUAAUUUACAAUAUUACUUCAUUUUCUAUAAUAAGUAUUACAUAUUUUUUACUAACAUACACAGCAACGCCUCUCCCUUCGAAUGAGAUAAAGUUACACUACAUUACGUUGGUAUAGUUCUUUUCAAAUAUCUUGCCGGCUCAAGAUCAUCGCAAUUCACACUUAAAAUUAUUUUGCACAGCUUCUUAAAAGCUGCUAGUAUAUUUGAGAACUACUAUACAAUUUGAUUAUGUUCAUUGUAAAUAGUUUUAUAUCAAAUCUUAUGAGUUGAUAUUCUGUGCCAUAGACAAGAUAGUUCAAUAUCUAUGACAAAACUACGCAAGCGCACAAUGUAUAUAAAAUGUUAAUAUGCUUAUUUUGCUACAUAUUUAUUCAAAAAACGUGCCAUCGUUCAAAAGCAAUAUAUUUACAAAAAAAAAUAUAUUUUCGUGCAAUGAAAUAUCCGAAUCUACUUAAUAUAUUUAUUUUUCUUCUAGUAUUAAGUUUGUUAUAGUUACUAACACCAAAAAGUAGUGUUUUGUUUUUAAUAAUUUUACUAAUUUUAUGGAUUACGUUGCUUUUAUUCUUAUAACAUUGUUAUUUCAACCACAGAUAAACCAAAAUGUUCCAAAUAUCUGUUCCUUUCUAACAUUAAUAUUUGAUAUGCAAUUAUAUUUGAAACUUAAACACAACAAAUAUAUGGAAAUAAACAGUAAUUAUAACCAUUUGAUCUCUUAAAAACAUUAUUCUUAUUUCAAUUUUCAAAAAUGGCGGCAUUAUCACGUUUAAAGCGGCAGAUAUUCUAUUCUCUCAGUUCCUCCGGUGUUUAACACCCGGUGAUGUAACUAUCAUUAUGGCCGUACCAGGCUUUUUAAACCCUGUUUCACUUUAGAAACUAAAAUCCUGUUUUUGCCUUACUUUUUAGAGGAAAAAAUGCUUAUGACAACGUACAUGGGAGCUACAUGCCUCGUGUCACGGGCUCACGAUUAUAAGUCUUUACCAACUGGUUUUAUUAGAUUUUAUUAGUGUUUACAAUAUAAAGAAUUACGUAAACAGCCUGUUUAGUACUUCAUUAUUUACCAAUACCUGGUGCCGCACUGAAUAAGGGAAUUUUGUGUUCAAAUCAAUGUUUGAUUUGUGGAAAUCAAUAGUUUUAAAUGCGUUUUAUCGUAUAUAAAACAUGCAUAAUUCAAUCUUUCUUACUUUAAACAGCCCAAAAAAGAUAUUCUAUAUGCAACACAUUACGUUAUAGCAUUUUUAACUUUUCUGUCCCUUUCUUGACUUGUUACGAAGUCCGCAGUUUCUUACGGCAUCCAACACAUUUUUUUCUGUAAACCUUUUACCAACACUGACCGCAGCUAGCGCGGGGUGUGGUACAAGGUGUGGUACAAGAUCUCUUUCGUCUAUACUUGUUAUUUGCACUUUCAUCGAGUUACGCACAAGAUGUUUAGAGUUGGUUUUUCAACGUGUUAAUGGCCGUUUUCUUUUUGAAUUUCUAUUAAAAAUUGACUUAUAUUUAUUAUCAACAUUCCUCCAUAUUUAAUCUAUAUUAUUGGACAUAUAACA